UAGUCACUGUCCUGUCUGCUGCCUUAAAUCUCGGUUAUUUCUCUGCUUUUGUUUUUUUUAACGGACCCAUUUCUUUCUUUUCUCUACUAACCCUUCACUGUUUCUUUAUCAGUACUUCUUUUCUUUCUCACACACAGACACAGGCCAUAGCAUUUGCAUUAUUACUUCUCCUUUUAAGUGCUUGUCGGUGGAGUUUCCAUGGCGUCCUGCUAACAUGAUCAACCAUUUUGGGUGAACUUAAACAUGAUGGUUAUUGUUUAGAACUUCUUAAUCCACUACAUUAAAGUAGUAUGAUAAUGUACUAGGCCACUAGGGUUUAUUUGAUCUAUGUACCCGAACUCUAAAAAGAAGAAGCUAUGGAACAAAAAUCAUGGCGCUGGCGGAAAAAGGGAUCAGAGAAGACUAUUGUUGAUAACGGAAGAGCUAGUCUUUGUCUGGAAAGAGAUUUACUUGAGGAUGAAGAACGAGUAGAACAUCGUAAAUGUGCAAGUAAUGUGAGUGAAGGUUCGGGUUUAUUCAUCUGUGAUUGUAAUGCUAAGGAAAAACUGAUCAGAAAGCAAGCAAGAAUAGCAGAAAAAGCACUAGCAGGCCAAAAGAUGGCGGAAACAGAGGCGGCAUACUUUAAGCAAGAGCUGGAAAAAGUGCUGCAGCAAGGAGAAGUGGCGGAGCAAAAACUGGCUAAUCUUAAUGUUGCGUUGGAGGGAUGUAUGCUGGAGAUAGAAGCUCUUCGUGUUGCACAGAAAAUGACGGUGGAUUUUGAGAAGGAAACGAAGAAGUUGGAGGGUAAAUUAGCCGAAUCUAACAAAAGGGUUUCGAACUUAUCAGCUGAGAAUGCCAACUUGAUGAAGGCCCUUUUCUGCAAAGAGAAGCUGGUUCAAGAUCUUGAUAAAGGAAAAGCGGGUUUGGAGGCCGAAAUUGGCUUGCUAAUAGAUAGGAUUGAUUCAGCCGAGAAAGAGAAUACUUUUCUGAAGUACGAGUUCCAAGUGAUGGAGAAGGAGAUGAAGAAUAGUCAAAGAUCGGAGCUUGAAAACACAAAGCAAAUAAGGAAGUUAGAAGCUGAAUGCCAGCAGUUGCGAAACCUAAUCAGGAAAAGGCUGCAAGUUCCGACUGCUCCUUUGAAGGGAUCCAAUCCGAAGAUGGGCCCCAUUGAGAAGGUAUACAACAUUGAAGAGGAAAAUAAGAUGUUGAAAGAGAUCUUGGCUUUAAGUGAUGCAGAACUACAAACAUGGAGAAUGAAGUAUGGUCAAAUGGCUUCUAAAGUAGCGGAACUUAAGGCACAGCUCAAUGAGCUUUCGGAAGCUGAAAACUCGAUGCAGUUAGCUAUAUCUGGUUUAGGAUUCAAUAAUCAUAAUGAAAUUCGUGAUUCGGAAUCAUGGGCUACUACUUUAUUAGGGGAACUUGAACAGUUCAGACAAAAUAAAAUCACGAACGAAUCAGAAACAGAGAAACUUGCUAUGGUAACCAGUAAAGAACUUGUUCCAGUUUCUGUAAACAAGGAGAAUUCUUGGCUGGAUGAGAUCUUAAAGGUGAUUUUAGAAGAACAUCGAGCUACAAAAAGAAAUCUGGGCGAGCUUUUGCAAGAUAUCAAAAUUGCUUUGGGUUGCAAUAAUUUGCAAAGCUCGGAAAAUGAAAGGUCUGAUAUCCAAGGUCUUCUGACAUGGGAAUCCGUAGAUUCUACUCCUCCAGAGUAUUCAACUAGCAGCAGUGUCUCGAUGGACGAUAUCAAAGGUUUAGAUAUGAAAGAUGCUUCGUUUUCACGAGAGAAAAUAAGGCGGCAUUUGAAUUUUGAACGAUCAAAAAGUGAAGCUCGAAUAGAACUUGACUCCCCGAAUCGUCAUAACACACUAGCACAAAUGAUAGCACUACAAUCUGCAGUGCAGGAAGAGAACAGGAGAGUGAAAGAGAAGCUACAGAGUAUGGCUGACGAGAAUUCAGUUUUGAGGAACCAGCUUGAAGAAUCAACGCGAGCGAUUGGAAACUUACAAAGGGAGGUAGAAUCUCUGAAGGAAUCGGAAGGACUAAUGGAGGAACAAGUAGAAAACCAGAGGUUGAUCAAUGAAGAUCUUGAUACGCAUCUUACAGUUGCGAAAGGCAAACUAAAUGAAAUUCUACACAAAGUAUCAUCCUUAGAGGUAGAAUUGGAGGAUAAGAGUCAUUGCUGUGAAGAAUUGGAAGCAACGUGCCUUGAGCUUCAGCUUCAGCUAGAAACGAGCAGGAUCUCAAGAAAGGAAUCUCCAGGAAAUGAUGCUAAUCAAGUGGCAAAAAAAUUUAGAACUGAAACAAUUCAAAAACUAGCAAAGCAACUCAAGGCAUUGCCAUCACCAGAUAUAACACAAUUUGAUGACCUUCUCUCUCCAUUAAGUACUGCCAUCACCCUCCAAAAGGCCUCAGCACCAGAUAAAAAGAGUCUGAUAAUCCAACGCUCUACUCUACGUGAUCGUAUGAAGGAGGAAGAAAGUAGCAAUGGAGACAGCACAGAGAAACAGAGUAUCAAUCAUAGUGAGUUAAAAACUCUGCCUCCUCCCCCAGGACUAAAGGUUCAAUCUCUAGAACAAGCGAGCACUUUGGCUCUUGUGCCAAGUAAGAAGUCAGGUGGAGGGUUUGGUUUUAUCACAAAGCUGUUCCUCAGAAGGAAGAAAGGAAACAGCAAGAUGAAGGCUGCUUCAUUGCAGCGUAAUUCAAGCGCCUUGACGAAACAAAGGGAUGUCUUGCUAGUGGUCUAACGGGGUACAGAGACGUGUUACCCUUAUUUUUUGUUCAACUGUUUCCAUUUUCUAAAAAGAUUUUCCUACAAGUCUUGUUUGUUGCUUGUUAGUUUGUAUGUUGCCAUAUUGGUAUUGUGGUCAUAGUUUGAACUUGUGUUUAUUAGAUUACAGGUUCAAUUCCCACUACGGGAUCUUGGAUAGGGUUUUCCUUUCCUCCCCAGAUUCUCAUGAGUAAGGAGUUCUUGGGGUGGGGGGCCCUAGUAAGGUCUGUUUCAUUUCGAUUGCUUAAAAUUUUUUUGGGUUGUAUGUACAUAAUUUGUGGAACGAAUCAUUAGAAUACAAAGGUUGUAAUAAGACUUGAAACAAUCUAAUGCCAAAAUCUCCAUCAUGCUGAUCGUAGUAGUACUUU